GACGCGCCCGCCUCCGUGGGGCUCUGCCCUCCGGGAUGGAGAAGACCGGGAGCUGCCGCGGUGGCUUCUGCUCACCUGGACGCUGGCCGUGGCAGGAGUCUCAGGAGCCAUGUUGUCAGAGGUCCUGCUGGUAUCUGCUCCGGGGAAAGUCAUCCUCCAUGGAGAACAUGCUGUGGUCCACGGCAAGGUCGCGCUGGCCGUGGCCUUGAACUUGAGGACAUUCCUCCUGCUUCGACCGCAGAGCAGUGGGAACGUGAGCCUCAGUUUACCAAACAUCGGUAUUAAGCAGGUCUGGGAUGUGGCCCAGCUUCAGCUGGUGGACACGGGCUUUCUUGAGCAAGGUGAUGUGCCAGCACCCACCCCAGAGCACCUGGAGAAGAUAAAGAAGGUGGCCGGCCUCCCCGAGGACUGUGUCGGCAACGAGGGCCUGGCCGUGCCUGCCUUCCUCUACCUGUACCUGGCUAUCUGCCGGAAGCAGAGGACACUCCCAAGCCUGGACAUCACGGUGUGGUCGGAACUGCCCCCAGGGGCAGGCUUGGGCUCCAGCGCCGCCUACUCCGUUUGUUUGGCAGCCGCCCUGUUGACUGCCUGUGAGGAGGUCACCAACCCCCUCAAGGACAGGGGCUCCAUCAGCAGGUGGCCUGAGGCAGACCUGGAGUUGAUUAACCAGUGGGCCUUCAAGGGGGAGAAAGUGAUCCAUGGGAACCCCUCUGGCGUGGACAAUGCCGUCAGCACCUGGGGAGGAGCCCUGCGCUACCAGCAAGGGAAGAUAACAUCUUUGAAGAGGCUCCCCGCUCUGCAGAUCCUGCUCACCAACACCAAGGUCCCACGAAGCACCAAGGCCCUUGUGGCUAUCGUCAGAAGCAGGCUAACCAAGUUCCCUGAGAUUGUGGCCCCGCUCUUGACCUCAAUUGACGCAAUAUCCCUGGAGUGCGAGCGCGUGCUAGGAGAGAUGGUGGCAGCGCCGGUUCCGGAACAUUACCUUGUACUAGAAGAGCUGAUGGACAUGAAUCAGCAUCAUCUGAAUGCCCUCGGCGUGGGCCACACCUCCCUGGACCAGCUCUGCCAGGUUACGGCAGCACACGGACUGCACAGCAAGCUGACAGGUGCUGGUGGCGGUGGCUGUGGCAUCACCCUCCUGAAGCCAGGUCUAGAGCGAGCCAAAGUGGAGGCUGCCAAGCAGGCCCUAACCGGCUGCGGGUUUGACUGUUGGGAGACCAGCAUUGGAGCACCUGGGGUCUCCGUGCACUCAGCCGACUCCAUAGAUGACCCUGUCCGACAAGCCCUGGGCCUCUGACACCGUGGUCCUGCCAAGAAGUCUCUCACUGGAGU